UUGGCCAGUACAUUCUCGACUGAUGAGGAGCUGAGAGACAACUGUGUUGUUGCUUUUACCACAGUUGGUGAUGCUGUCUACGCUUUAACGGAAACUCCUUAUUUAGCCAGGAUUGACAUUGAUUCACUAGAGUACAAAGACAGGGUUGAUAUCCGUGACCAUCUGAAAAUCGUCAUUCACACCUACACAGCUCACAGUCACACAGACCCUGAGGGAAAUAUUCUCAACAUUGGAAGCCAAUUUGGAUCGAAAUCGAACUACGUCUUUGCAAAGACCAAAAAUCCGUUGAAGAUCGAGGGUAAGGAUAGUUCAGUGACUUCUCCGAACCUGACAGUAAAAUCAAGUUUAGGAGCGAAAAGCCCUCACAGCUUGGAAGGCACUGAGCUACUUGGAAUGGUGCCAGCUACAGAUGCUCUAGCCCCAGCUUAUUACCACUCAUUUGGAGUGACGGAAAAUUACUUUAUACUUUUCGAAUCGCCGGAGAGAAUCGAUAUAAUGAAGAAGGCACAAAAGGAGGAGGGAGAACCGCAAAAGUGCAUUAAUGAGUGCAUGUACUGGGACGAAAAAGCUAAAAGUGUAAACGUUAUCAUUUUUGAUAGAAUCAAGCGUACAAAGAUUGAGCAAAAGAUUACGUCGAAUGCAUUCUUCACCUUCCAUCAUGCCAAUGCGUACGAGAAGGAUGGAUAUCUCGUUGUGGAUUACUGCAAAAUUCUGAAUCCUGGCAAUUUUGACGAUUUUCUACUUGAACACAUGCGUGAUGGGACCUACAAAACUAGAAACCCGAAUCUUGCUCCAUACCUACACCGAAUGAUCAUACCGUUGACGGUAAGCGAUAAGCGCAAACCUGACGAGAAUCUGCUUUCUUCUUGUUCUUUUGCUAAUGGAUGUAAAGCAGUACUACGAAUGGACGCCUUCGACUUUCCUCGCUACAACUACGAUCUCAACAUGAAGGACUAUCGUUACGUUUAUGGUGCCAACGUAUUCAGCGGAAAUUCGACGGAA